AUGGAUCUUGACUUUUUGAAAGAAGAGAAUUGGCCGAGGAUGGACAAUACAGCCGUGAAACAGUUGGAGGCAAGAGAUGAGAAAAAGUUUUUAAAAAUCGAAAGAUUGAAGACGGACCUCGAAUCGGCAAAGAAGCAUACUCAAGAAGAUUUAGAUCAAAAGAACCCAACAAAACUUGUGCCGUUAUUGGUUGGUUUGUCUGAUGCUGCUAUCAGGAAUCCCGUCCUCUUGGCAACUAAAAAAUUGAUAGACUUUGACAAAUUCAAAUUUGUUUACGUUAGUCCAGAUUUGACAGAAGCUGAAAGACAACUGUAUUAUAAAUUGAGACAGGAACGAAACAGAUUGAAUGCAGAACUUGGUGCAGACUUGUCCUUUCGAUAUGGCAUCCGUGGAAAUCAGGUGCAGAAAUUCAGAAAACUUUGUUAA